AUGGGAAACGGAGCCAAAGCCCAGCAGAAGCGCGAGCGCGCCGCGGACAAGACCAAAAAAGGCCCCACUUCGCAGCUGAAAUCCAACGCCGCUGCAAAAUCCGUCAAAUGCAAGGUCUGCUUCCAAGACUUUCAGAGCACCGUCAACCGCACGGCGUUGGAUCAGCAUGCUGAAUCCCGGCACUCGAAGAAGUACGAGGACUGUUUUGCCGCAUAG